CAUCCAAUUUUGGGUGCACAUAUCCAAAUCUAGGUGCUUUUUAUUGGCGUGUGUGUCUCUCUAUAUAUUUAUAUAUUUCAGAGAUACCGGGGAUCUUGCUUGUAUUUGUAGUUUUGUGCGUAAUGGAGCUAUGCCUACACUUGGAAACUCUAUAUCCUAUUUCUCUUUGCAAAUGGAAACACAAAUUUUAGUGCAAGUCUUGUUUAUCUUGUUCACUGAGUAAAACUGAAAAAAAUAUCUGGAUUUAGGGUUUCUGUUUGGCAGCCGAGAAAACUUUGUUUUCUGAGAAAUUUGUUGUAGUUAUAAUUUAGACAGGUUCUUAUAUGUGAUACGGUAGCGAAAUAUAUACGUAGGCAAUGAAUCCAAGAACGCUUCAAGCGCGACCUUACGGAGACUUUGACGACCGUAAUAAUUAUAAUAAUAACAAUCAUCAUCAUCAUCCGGUGGUACAAAAUGACGCCGAAGAAGCCGGACUGUCUGACUCCGAAGAUGAAGCAAAGGAAGAAGAAGAAACUCAAGUUAGGUCGUUGGUCAACCAUGAGAGGACUAAUGGUAGUAGACCUCGUUAUCCUGAGUCAACUGGCACUGGUGAACUUACUCUAUCCUUCGAAGGCGAGGUCUAUGUCUUCCCUGCCGUAACUCCUCAGAAGGUGCGCGCACUGCUUUUAUUGCUAGGUGAGUGUGAUAUUCCUACUGCUGUUCCCAGCUCUGAAGGUUUUCUACAAGAAAAUGUCAAGGUUGUGGGAAAUGCCUCACAUGGGUCAAAGCUUUCAGGAAGAAUUGCCUCACUCAUGAGGUUUCGUGAAAAGCGGAAAGAAAGAUGCUUUGAAAAGAGAAUUCAUUACAAUUGUCGGAAAGAGGUUGCUGAGAGGAUGAAUCGUAAGAAUGGACAAUUUACAUCAUCAAAGGGUUCUUAUAAUACAGAUGCUGUAAAUUCAAAUCCAAGCAAUUGUGCUGCUUCAGAAUCUCUUUUACGAAGAUGUCAACAUUGUGGGGUAAGCCAGCAGUUCACUCCAGCAAUGCGUAGGGGGCCAGCUGGUCCUAGAACUCUUUGCAAUGCUUGUGGCCUUAUGUGGGCAAACAAGGGAACCUUGAGAGAUCUUACAAAAGGGGGAAGGACUGGUUCUUUUGAAAAUGAGUUGGAAACUCGAAGUGAUGUUAAGCCUUCAACCAUGGAAGCGGAAAAUAUUUACGCCAACCAGGAUGAGCAGGCAAGCCCGGAUGAGACAAAGCCUGUAGCUAUGCAGCCAGAAAAUAAUUCUUUGAUGCCAAAUGAGCAGUUGAACAAUGAGCAGUAUCUGUUGGAAAGUGAUGAUGGUAUUACAAAUCAUAUGCCCAUUGAAGUGGAGAAUUCAUUUAUGAACCUUGAUGAGGAGCAGGAUUUGCAGGACACAAUGGACGAGCUUGCAGAUGCUUCAGGAUCAGAUUUUGAAAUCCCUUCACAUUUCAAUGCUCAGGUCAAUGUUGCCUGUUCCAAUUUGGUGACUGACUGGCCAUAGACUUGAGACUGACGUGUGUUUGUGACAUUAUUCACUCACUAGUAAGAACCAGGCAUACUGCUAGAUAUCCAAUACCCAAAGAUAGUUUGUCUAUAGACAAAGAAUAGAUAAGUGUCGUCUUGUACCUUACUCCAGAUAAAUAUAUAUAAUGUGAAUAAAAUCCUGAAACUUUUAUCUGCAAUUCUUUGAUACUAGUGAAUUCAAUUAUUAGAUGGGCAUUUAUUGUCAUGGUGUUCGUUUGAUUUUAGUCUUAAUGAGAAGUAGAUUUGUUACAUUGUUUAAUUUCAA